CCCUGCUGUCAGUGUCAAUGCUCGCUGUAAUCUCGCGAGAUCGUGCCAGUGUUUGUGUGUGAGGAGACCGGGCCCUCCUCCUGCUAUCUGGCUCGGCCUGUCAGCGAGAGCACUUUGCCUGCAUGCUGGGCUGGCCCGCGGCCCCGGGGAGCAGCGCCCACUCAGGCCACUCAGCGCGCACCGUGACCUGCUACAGCUGCCGGGGACGGGAGCCCCCAUGGCGUCCGACAGCGACACCGAGGAGUUCUUCGAUGCCCCCGAGGAUGUGAACCUUUCCGCCUCCCCAGUGGUAUCCCCAACGAAGUCUGCCACUUUCAAUCUGAAGGAAGAGAUCACCCAUCCUGAAACAUCAGGCCCAGAAAGUGCAGACCCAAAGCAAGAUGACCCUAAAGAGAUCAUUGAUAGCAUUAUUGAAGAAACCCAGAAGUACGAUGCUGUACAUGUUGAGCACAGAAGUACAGAGAAAGAUGAGACAUUGGAUCUAACAUCCACGAACACACAUCAGAGUCUUCUUGGCAAUAUUCCUGAGGUAGUAGUCACCAGGACAACCUUCCAUGAUGAUUCAGAAGACCCAUCACCAGAACAAAGUGCAGAUGGAAAGCUGGAAGCCACCCAGAUUUCAAAAGCCCCAAGCUCAGUCUUAUCACAGUCAGAAGAACCUCCUACAAUUGCAGACAUUAUAGAGUUAAUAGAAGAUCAAAAGAUUACAGAAAUUGUUGACAACCUAAACAGCUCAAUAGUUUGCAAGGAGACGAAGGAGACUGAGGAUCCGGCUUCAGAUACAUCGUCCUGCGAUACUAUAGAACAACUCGGACCUGCUAAGCCACCCAGACAGAUCACAGUCGAACCGGAUAUUGUAGCAAGUACAAAGAAAUCUGGACCCACGCGACCUCCACCUCCAAUUAAUGUCCCCCCACCAAGGCCGCCGCCUCCUGCGCGACUGGCGCCACCACCACGCAAGAAGAAAGACUCUGAAUAUGAGAGCCCAAGGUCUUCAGGUUUGGACUUUUCAAAGGAGAGUUUCUUGGCUGGUAGCCUUCUAUCACCAAACCCCAUGGCCGAGGCAAUGAACAGAGAUUCACAGCAUUCACUGGAUCUGGCCAGCGCUACAAGCGGAGACAAAGUAGUCACUGCUCAGGAGAAUGGGAAGGCUGCAGAUGGCCAGCUUUCCUCUACACCAAGCGAAAGCCACGGUCCCCAACGACCUCGUUCUAACUCAGGACGGGAGCUCACAGAUGAGGAGAUUUUAGCCAGUGUAAUGAUUAAAAACUUGGAUACAGGAGAAGAAAUCCCCCUGAGUCUGGCUGAAGAAAAACUACCUACUGGCAUUAACCCAUUGACGUUACAUAUCAUGAGGAGGACAAAGGAAUAUGUCAGUAACGAUGCGGUGCAGUCAGACGAUGAGGAGAAACCUCCGUCUCAUCAGGCAGAUACGGACGGUGGAAAGCUGAAGCAAAAAACGACUCAGUUCAAAAAGUUUUUAGGAAAAUCUGUGAAAAGAGCAAAGCAUCUGGCAGAAGAGUAUGGGGAGAGAGCUGUGAAUAAAGUGAAAAGUGUCCGUGACGAAGUUUUCCAUACUGACCCUGAUGACCCAUCUUCCAGUGAUGAUGAAGGAAUGCCAUACACCAGGCCCGUGAAGUUCAAAGCUGCGCAUGGCUUCAAGGGGCCAUAUGACUUUGAUCAAAUCAAAGUGGUGCAAGAUCUAAGUGGGGAGCAUAUGGGCGCUGUGUGGACCAUGAAAUUUUCUCAUUGCGGACGAUUGCUUGCCACAGCCGGACAAGAUAACGUAGUCCGGAUAUGGGUCCUGAAAAAUGCCUUUGAUUAUUUCAAUAACAUGCGGAUCAAGUAUAACACAGAAGGUCGUGUUUCACCCUCUCCGUCUCAGGAAAGUCUUAAUUCUUCCAAAUCUGAUACAGAUGGGGGAGCGUACAGUGCAGCCGACGAUAUGGAGACAGAUGAUAAAAAUGCACCAUUUCGUCAGGUUCCCUUCUGUAAAUACAAAGGACACACAGCAGAUCUUCUCGACCUGUCUUGGUCUAAGAACUACUUCUUACUGUCUUCAUCAAUGGACAAGACCGUCCGUCUCUGGCACAUAUCCAGGAGGGAAUGUCUCUGUUGCUUCCAACAUAUAGAUUUUGUUACAGCAAUAGCUUUCCAUCCAAGGGAUGACCGAUACUUCCUAAGUGGCUCCCUUGAUGGCAAACUCAGACUCUGGAACAUUCCUGACAAGAAAGUCGCCUUGUGGAACGAGAUUGAUGGGCAGACAAAGCUCAUCACGGCUGCAAAUUUCUGCCAGAACGGGAAACAUGCAGUGAUCGGCACGUAUGAUGGAAGGUGCAUCUUCUACGAUACAGAGCACUUGAAAUACCACACGCAAAUACAUGUCCGCUCCACCAGAGGGCGAAACAGAGUCGGCAGAAAAAUCACAGGAAUUGAGCCAUUGCCGGGAGAGAAUAAGAUCCUUGUUACGUCCAAUGACUCUAGGAUAAGGCUGUAUGACCUAAGAGAUUUGUCUUUAUCAAUGAAGUACAAAGGAUGUGUCAACAGUAGCAGCCAAAUUAAAGCGAGCUUCAGCCAUGAUUAUACAUAUAUUGUAAGUGGCUCAGAAGACAAGUACGUUUAUAUCUGGAGCACAUACCACGACCUUAGCAAGUUCACAUCUGUUAGAAGAGACCGCAAUGACUUCUGGGAAGGAAUUAAAGCACACAAUGCAGUUGUCACAUCCGCCAUCUUUGCCCCAAACCCAAGCCUGAUGGUGUCAACAGAUGCAACAUCCGAAAGACAAGACCCUGAUCAUAAAGCGGAACAGGCAGAAUCUGACAAAAUACCAUCUGGAGCUUUGAAGCCUGAUCACACAGAAGUCCUUCUGUCUGCUGAUUUCACAGGAGCAAUCAAAGUAUUCGUCAACAAGAAGAAGAAUGCAUCUUAAAUCUAUGUCUGGCUGCAUUAGCUCUGAGUACUAGUAGGUCAUUUUCCCAGAAACAAUGAGAUUGAGGACCAUUGAGUAGACAAUAUUACAGCAACAUUCUCCUUCUAGUAGUCAAAGAGGCGGAUGAUAUUGACGGAUUCUGCUAUUAAACUUUUAUUCUCCAUCAAUCUAGAUCUUUUAGCUUACCCUAAAAUAGUUGCACGUAAUUGUCUCAGUGAACUGUAAAGCAGUGCGCUCCAUUUCCCUUAAUUAACUAUUAAUCAUUAUCGUCCAUACUGUAUGGAUUAUCGGUUAUGGACCUGCAUAUUUUUCGUGUUAGGACCAUUGGGAUGGGUGUCCCGUCACACAUCCCAGCUUCAUUAACACGUCUAAGACAAUUACUUGUGUUAAUUGUUUUCACAACGUUGGAUCGGUGCACAAGAUACUCUGUAAAAUCCAUUAAAUGCACAGUUUAUCCUGAA